AAUCUAAUCGUUAUGGAUAGUUAUAUAUCCAUCAAUGGUUUCUAAUAAUAAAGAUUAUUCGUAACGUUGACAUCCUUCCAUUAUUCAGUAUUACUCUUUUUACUGUUGAAACAGAGUUCUUCAGGAAGUUUUAAAGCACGCAAGUCUUUAAAAAAAUAAAGUUUGGUGUAAUAUUAAGAAAAAAUGCCUCUAAUAUUUUUCUUUUUGAAUAGGUAAUAGAAUAAAUACAGUUGCAGAGACUCUUGUAAAGUCUGUUGCUUCUAAAUCUAUGGAAAAUAAAGCUACGGACUCUAUUCCUUUUAUGAAAGAUGUCUCUACUAUUAUUGUUAAUGAUAAACCCAAGGCUUCGUCAUAUCAUGAAUCAUUUGCUUCAGUUACGAGUGGUUUACCCAAAACAAUGGUUGAGACAUUGGUGUGUGGAGUUCGUGCCGUUAAAUUUUUAUCAAAACUACCACCGAAACUUUCGCCAGAGAAAUUCCGAAAAGAAAAAAUAUUGUGGGAUUUUGUUAUUCAAGAAGCAAAUUGGUUAGCUAGGGAUUUUUAUUAUGAAAGAAAAUGGAAGAUUGAUAUAGCGGGACGACUUGCUAAGGAAGCGCGCAAAUAUUAUGAUUCCCGUAUUCCUGUUAUAACAAGAGUAUGCAAAACUCAAACAACAGCAGUCAUGUCUUUCUGGUUGGGUGUAGCUUAUUAUUUAGAUGAAAAAACGAUUCCGGACAAUAUGCUUAUGUAUACAAUGAGCGUCAAUGUGAAAGAUUCAAAUUUCUCAUUAUCAAAUGAAGACGUAAAAAAAGACAGUAACGAUUUUGUUGGAGACUCGGUGUAUGUGUCUUCCGACAUGAUGCGCCAUUGUUAUCAAAUUAUCGAAAUGGCUAAGUAUCAGAUAGAAAAAAGAAAAAACUCACCUGAUGAUUCAAAACAUAAUCAAACCUGUAUAUCCAAGAGAGAAUGUUUAAAUGGUUUCUGUGCAACAAAUUUAUCUUCGAAAAGCCAUUCAAAGACUUUUGAUAGAGAAGACAUUCCUUUGAACAAAAAUAAAAUUUUACAAGAUUCCGUGUCGUUAGAAUUUCAUUUUGGUGCCCCUCUUAUAGCUUUAGGAUUCUAUCCCUAUGCACAACAAUAUGCUCUUUAUGUCUUGAACGCUACACUUGUAGAUAAAGGCAUUCAACCUUGUCAUAACACGUGCAACACUAUUCCGUUCACUAAUUUUUAUAGAGAAAGAAAACAAGUCGAUUCUUUGUCUGGUUUAGUUGAUAAUUUUUUAGAUUUUAUAGAGCAGCCGCUUCAUUCACUAGAUCCGUUAGUUUUCGAUAUCCAUCAUGAGUUUUGGGAUGAGAACUAUUUUCCAUUAAGUAAUAAUGAAUUACCAAAUACCGGUGAACGAUUAAACGACGAAUUAUUUCUUCACUAUGUUGAAACAAAAGCUCAAGAAGUUGGCGCCAGUCUUCAUCCAUUUGUUUUUUCACCACCAAACGUGUUACGUGAUGCUUUUUUAGUUCAUAACUUAGAGUGUUCUGAACAAUUUCUGGAUCGAAAUAUCCAAGAUAUAUUUCUAGCUUUUGUUCGUCGUUAUCAAGACUUAAUUGCAGCUGUUUGUGGGUUAAAACGUCGACAGGAAAUGAAGGAAAUAUUAAAACUAGGACAGAAUGAAGAGGGAUUGGUGUCAAAAGGUGUUCAGAAUGAUAUGGUUUGUCAGAAAGCCAAGGAGUACAUUCCUAGUGAUGUACGUUUUACAGAAUUGCGUCGCGAAGACACUGUUGAAGAGAAUGUAUUGAUUUUGUCACGCAAAAAAACACGAGCAAGGCCCCGACAUGAGAAAAGUCUUGGAGAUGCCGAAAAACGGUCUUGUCGAUUAUCUGACGGCGCUGCAACCCUCAAUAAAGAAGCUUCUUUGUAUGAAGAACUUGUUUUGUUUCUUUUAUCUUCCAUUUUAGAUGUUUCACGAAAACCAAAAGUCAUUCCUAAAAUGCCUCUUUCUAUUCCUUUAAAAAAAAUCCAAUUUGGAACCUCUGAAAUUGAUGAGUUAUUGGGAGUUAACAAAAGCCCUAAAUUCACCUGCGGUGGAACAGUUUCAUUGCCUCAUGAGGAUGUUUGGGAGCCAUUGGAGGAUGUUGUUCUGCAACGUUUAGUUCAAUUGUUUCGUUACCCCUCUGUUACAUCCCCAAUGCUUAUAAAAAAUGAAAAUAAUACGUUGGAAACAACUUGCUCAAAUAUGGGAGAGAAAACGCUGAUAUCUUGCAGCUAUUGGGAUAUCAACUGGGAUUUGGUCGCGUCUCAAAUGAAUUCUGCAUUAGUUCCGUUAAACCGAGCGCGGACGGUAUCGAUGUGUCGAAAACGGUGGAAAGAGUGGUGCCAAGUUACAUUAGAUAGGGAGCAGGAAGCGUACAGUUCCUCACCGCAAGAAAAUGAAACCAAUAUAGUCUCAAAAUUAUCUGAUGAAAAAAAAAAAAAAUAUUUGGUCAAUCAAGUUUUAACAUCAUAUCUUUCUGCAUCAACUGACACAUCUUUGGAUAUAAUUCCUUCGUAUCCAGCGCCCCCUAGAGUUGUUUUAGUCUCUCCCUUACCAUUUAUAUCGCAAAGGUUACAAAAAUUACAAGAAACAUACGAAGAAACAUGUUACAACGUAUCUUUAAAACAUUCUUCAAAUUUUUUUUCUUUUUAUGAUGAUACAUGGCGUGAUAAGAGCAGAAAAAAGAAAACACCCGAUAGUCUGAAUGAAACCAUGAGUAACUCAGAUAACGAAUCACUGUGGAACUUGUCGGAUGGAACAGACUCAUCAAACAGUUACGAUUUUAAUGAAACACACUCACUCGAAGAGUUUGCAUUUAUAAAAGACAAAGCUACUCUAGAUUUCAAAGAAGACAUUAAGAAUGAUAAUAAAACUGGUUCUGAAGAAUUAUGUGACGCGACGUUUAAAAUGAUCCAUAAGAAAAAACAUACGGAAAGUGGCAAAAACGAGCCAAAAUUGUCAUUUAUAACCUGUAUAAAUCCUCAUGUAUCCGACCACGGAUUAGUGAACACACUGGAUGCUUUUUUAAAAAAAUCAUACUCAAAGUCCUUUAACUCAAGUAUAUUACUUGAAGGAUUCGGUACACCUAAUAACGAGAAUUCGUCUUCUGAUCACCCUACAACCGUUCAUCACAUUCUAAACUCCAUUUUUACUAAUGAGUAUCUACAGAUUCUACAAGAUUUGGCUCUCAUGCAGACCGAAAGUGUGCAUGGAAGACAUGUUGCGGAAAGCAACCGACUUUUGAAAAUGUGGCAGGCAGAAAUUAUUGCUAAUACAUUAUCAGAGGCAGUUGCAAGCCAUUUGGAAGUAUUAGAGCUUCGUCGCUUAGGAGGUAUUUUAGAGUGUUACGGAGAGUCUAUGAGAAAUAGAUCAAUAAUGAAUUCAAAAAUAUUGCAAUUAUUUGUUGGAGAUAAUCUUUUUGAAAAGCAUAUUCGUUCAGUGUGUGAAACCUUAACACCGUCUGAUGAAUUAGAUGUUAAAAAUAUUUCAAAUAAAUUGGAUACUCCUAAUAAUAGAAUGCCUAUAUUUGAGUUACUCCGGAAGUAUAAUAUAAAUAUUACGAGAGAUUUAUUACCAUUUCAUAAAUCGCAGAUAGCUUUAUAUAAAACGAAAAAAGAAAUUGAAAAGUGCCACAUUAAUCAAGCUUUUUGGAAUACAAACAUAAACAAGGGUUUGUUACAUAUUUACGAUAUGAUAUCUAACAAUAAGCGAAAGAGUGUUAAAGUAUCUCAAGAUUUUCUAAACCAAGAAACCUUUCGUUUGAUAUCAGCUUUAAAUCGUAAUUGUAUAACGAACAUGACGUUAAAUAUAAAGGAAAUUUCUGGAAUAAAACACCCCUUUACAUUACUACUAGAAUUCGUCGAACUAUUUUUAAAAAAAAUUGGGAUUUUACUACGUCUCCAAAAGCAAGCUUGUAGUCCUAAAUUAUUUCAGUCUAAUUAUUGCUUUGAUUUGGAGUCGGCGGAAAUAUCUGAAGAACAAAGCACCCUAACUUUCUACUGGUCUCAAUUGUCACAAACUCCAACGCUUCCUGAAUUAUUAAAAUCAUUUCUUGUAGUUAAAAAACCUGUUUUACCAGAUGUAGACCUGCGGGAAUCCCAACUAUGGUUGUGUCGUACGUGUUGCUCAAGUCCAUGUGUUCCACAGACAUUGCUAGGAGGCUUAAGUAACUCAUCAUUAAGUCAUCCUCCAAAACAAGAAGUUAAAGAAGGGCAUACUAAUCCGAGUAGAACGCCACUACAUGUCUCGAAUGUAUGGCCGUCUUCAAAUACAAUAUCUGUACCUCUAGAUAAAGUAUCAAGAUUUAAUAAUAUGAGUGUCCCAUCGACAUUUGUUCCGUCAUCCAACUCUCAAAUAUAUCGAGCGUCUACGAUGCCAAAUACUCCUCUUAAUAGUUGUCUUCAGAAAGUAUCUCAAGGGAUCAUUGAUCCAAAACAUUCGCAAGCAAUCUUGAAUGAAAACAUGAUGUAUUGCAACGGUUCUGGAAUGCCGCUUACUAUUCAAGAUAACUUUUUGUAUAAAAACAAUAUGAAAAUGGUUCCCACUAAUGAAUAUAUGAGUUAUUUUGGAUCCAACAUUCCUAUAACAAACAACGCUCCGCUAACAAAAUACUCUAGAAAAUUGGAACAAUCACAAAUUAAUUCGGCUCCUGUGCAAAAAUUUGUGGUGCGGCCCUCCACAACACGGCGGGGAACCGGAUCACUUGCCACUGCAGUAUUUCGUCAACCUGUUCCAAAAUAUUCUGUUGCCCCUAUCCUGGCACCAUAUUCGCCUUUUAACUGGGAAGCUAGCAAUAACAUUCGAAAUUGUAAUGAAGAACCGUCUGUUUAUUGGAAGCCUACGCUCAAGCACUCCGCUCCAUCUAAUUUUUCUAUGUCUACACAACCGCAGAAUUCAGCAAAUCAAACAAACAUGAUACCUGGGCUCGGUAACUUGCCGUUUACGUCAUGUAACCCAUUACCGCAUGGAGACAAAGGACCAAUCAAUGAAUUUCUUUUACCCAACGUGUCUAAUACUGGAGGACAAUUUUUUUCCAACUAUUAUGACCAAAAUACAAAACAGGAUGAAUUACGAAGUUGGAUUCCCGAAACAAAUACUUUGACAAAUAGAAAAAUGCCUUCUAACGGGAAUAAUAAAAGACCAUUAGAAGCUGUUGCCUGUACAAGCAAUAGCUUACAACGGAGUCAUAGUAUAGGGGAAAAGCAAGAAUUAGAAGUAGGAGUUGAGGGACCUUCUGCUGCGGCUAAGAGUAAUUUUGAUUCAUCAUUUAAACAAUUGCACCACCGUAGUAAACAUCCAAUAGGUUUUCAGCCAGUUGUUGGAAAUAACGUCUAUCAACGUGACGCUUCAUGUGGCCCUAUGCAUCAAAUGCUCCAAAGACAUCAGAAUGUUAAUAAGGAUAUUAGUCAUUUUACACAAUCUACAGAGAAAGCUAACGAUAUUGGAAAUCAAGCUUCUUUUUCUAAAUCUUCUGUACAUAAUAAUAGUCGACCAUUGUUAAUGACGGGAGAAAGACACAAAAAUAAUACAUUAUCAUGUAUUGGAGAUCCUCAACAUAUAAGUUCUCAGGGUGACAGUUCACUAGUUGAAACUAUGACACCACUACGUGAUUCGGCACAUAAAGAUUCCUGUAAACCAUAUAUAUCAGAUGGAACGCAGCAAACGUCUUCGUCUAAUUUAGUUGGUUGUUCCUCAAAUACGAGUCAUACAUGGAACACACUCGACAAUGUAGACACAUCCUUAAGUAAACAAAUCAACAAUGAUAAGUUGUCUCAAAUGACAAAUAUAACAAGCGACACAAACUCAGCUCUCUAUGACGCUAAUAGUAGUGGAGUGAGCCAAAAUAGCGAAAGUUUUAAUUACCAGAAAUCUGGCAGUAUUUCGAAUUCUCCUCAUACUCUUAACUCUAAAUUAUCAGAAAAUAUAAAUCAGGUUAAUGUUAAAAAUUCGCAGAAAAACAUUAACCGAAGUGUAGCAAUAACACCUGUAUGCCGUUCCUUAUCACCUACAAACCAAGUCUCGUGUCAAACUUUCACGUCUGUUCGGAUUUCCGAUGUGAAUCCACCAAACGUUUAUUCUGAAAAUUUCAUUGAUUCAACACCAAACCAACAAUUUCAAACUAAAAAUCCUAGUUUUAACAACACAUCUUCCAGUGACUCUCUUGAAAUAGAUUCAACAAUCGGAGAAAGAACAAAUUCUCGAUUGUCUUUUUCUGAAAUUCAAACUGCGCAACAAAAUAGUGCACGUCCACAGCAGCCCCGGCAACAGUUGCUUCAGCAACAACAAAUGCUACUACAUCAAAAACAGCAACCACAAAAAGCGCAAAAUGCAAAUCAACAGUUUCAAGCACAGCAGUCACACCAACAAACCAACGUAUCACAGCAACAACUUCAGCAACAGCAAUCACACCAGCAUUUGCAAAAGUCGCAAUUCCAACAACUUAUACACCAACAGCAACAGUUUCAGCAGAAGCAGUCACAACAAUCCUAUCAACAAAUACAACUGCAGCAGCACUUGCAGUCUCAGCAUGGACAACCCCAACACCUGUUGCAGCCUCAACAAAUGCAGUUGCCUCAGCCAAUGCAACAGCAGCAAAUGCAACAGCCUCAGCAAAUGCAACAACCUCAACAAAUGCAACAGCCUCAACAAAUGCAACAACAGCAAAUGCAACAGCAGCAAAUGCAACAACAGCAAAUGCAACAGCAGCAAAUGCAACAACAGCAAAUGCAACAGCAGCAAAUGCAACAACAGCAAAUGCAACAGCAGCAAAUGCAACAGCAGCAAAUGCAACAACAGCAAAUGCAACAACAGCAAAUGCAACAGCAUAAACAACCAGAUCAGCAAUUGUUACAGAUGCAGCGUCAGCAACAGCUUCUACAAAUGCAACGACAGCAGCAACAAGUUUUAUUACAGCAGCAAUUACAUCAACAUUUGCAGCCACAGCAACAGCAACAACUGACAUCAAAUCCAUUAUUUCAGCAACACUUACAACAACAACUGCAGCUUCAACAACAACAAUUUCAAAUACAACAACAACGAUUGUACCAGCAACAACUUCAACUACAAAAGUUUCCUUCUGUUUCUCAAAUUAAAGAAGAUCCAAAUUCGAGUCGCCAAUCAUUUCAACCAUCCUCGAUGCUUUACCAGCAAACACAGCAAAAACCACUACUUCCUAGCAAUGUAUAUCAGCAAGGUCGACGACCAAUCGCAAAUCUGCAACAUAUAUACCCGUUUCCAAAGGUAUCGUCCCAGACAACUCAAAACUUUCAACAAAUGCCGCCGGCUCCCUAUAGUAAUUUACCGCAAUUCCAUGGAAGAGUACUUUUUGACAAAAAUGGAUGCGACGAUCAUUUUAAACACGACCAUAAUAUAAUAGGUGAAGGUAUUAUUACACCAGUGAAUAUUCAAAAUUUGCAACAGAAUAUUAAUUCUUAUGGUGGCACAAAGGAUUCUUUACAUCAUUCAAGCAAUUUAAAAAACACUUAA